AUGGGAUUAAGUUCAUUAUUUUCUAAGGCUGUGUUGUUGGUGUUUAUGGUUGAAUUUAUGAGCCAAGUUUGUAGCCAGGGUGGUCUCUUUGAUGUGAGAGCUUCUGGUGCAGUUGGGGAUGGCAAAACUGACAACACCAAUGCGUUUCUAGCUACAUGGACAAAAGCAUGCCAAUCAGGAGGGACAAUGCAGAUAGUGGACGGAACCUAUCUGCUAAAAACCAUUCAGUUUGAAGGACCGUGCAAAGGUCAAGUUAGUUUUACGGUAAAUGCAGUUAUUCAGGCUCCCCAGGGAAAAUCUACUGAGCAUUAUUGGAUAAAUUUCAAGAAUAUCAAUGGCUUGACAAUCCAAGGAAGUGGUACAUUUGACGGCCAAGGACCUUCUGCUUGGAACUUCAGCACUUGCAGCAAUGUUCCAUCAUGCUCAUCACGACUUAGCCCCUCAGUAGUGUUGACGAAGGUGAACAAUUCAUUAGUCCAGAACGUAAAGUUACUCAACAGCAAAGGCUUUCAAAUGAAAAUAGAAGACGGCGACCACGUAACUGUCAACAACAUUACAAUAACAGCACCUGCUGAUAGCCCAAACACUGACGGAAUUCAUACUGGAAACAUCAACUUCGUCAACAUUCAGGAUUCCAACAUUGGCACCGGAGACGAUUGCAUAUCCAUGGGGCCUGGAACGACAAACAUUAACAUCACCCGAGUCAAUUGUGGCCCUGGCCACGGCAUCAGCAUUGGGAGCAUUGGCAAGUUGGCGACGGAUCAAAAUGUGUUCGGUGUUAAAGUACUAAACUGCACAAUUAGGUUAACACAGAACGGUGUCAGAAUCAAGACAUGGAAUUCCACCUUUCCACUCUCUGUUGCUGAUGUUACUUUCCAAGACAUUAUAAUGGAUAGAGCACACAAUCCGAUUAUUAUCGAUCAACAUUAUUGUGGUGGAAGGCGUGAUUGCAGUGGAAAUUCGCACGUUCAAGUUAAGGAUAUCAAGUUCAUAGGAAUUUCAGGAACAUCAGCUUCGAAAAUUGCAGUAAAUUUGAAUUGCAGCAGCAGUAACCCAUGUUCUGAUAUUGAGCUCAAUAACAUCAACUUGAGUUUCCAAGAUGGAACCAGAGCAGUUUCUGCGUGCUCAAAUGCUCCUCGUAUAUUGUAUGUCGGCCCACAAAAUCCUCAUGCUUGUCCGCAAAGAUUAGAUCCCUCUAUGAUGCUUGCAUAUAUGUAA